GAUGUGAACGGAUUGGACGCUGUACUGCUUAUUCGGCCGCACCGCUACUGGCGGGAACAGCUGUCACGGGGUCUGGUGGCGGGCCUGAAGCAGGAAGCGACGAAAUGGCGGCUGACUUGGUGAUCGGCUGGAGCAUUUUCGCGGUGGUGCUUCUGGCUAUUUUGGCUUUUUGUUGGGUUUACAUCCGCAAAUACCAGAGUUGUCAGGAAAGUGAAGCAGUGUCUACUAUCACGGCAAUAUUUUCCCUGGCUGUGGCCCUGAUCACUUCUGCACUGCUACCUGUGGACAUUUUUCUUGUGUCUUUUAUGAAGAAUGAAAAUGGCACAUUUAAGGGCUGGGCAGAGGAUAAUGCCACACGGGCACAGAUUGAGGAUACCAUUUUAAUUGGAUAUUACACUUUUUAUUCCAUUAUCCUGUUCUGCGUAUUUUUGUGGAUACCAUUUGUGUAUUUUUACUAUGAAGAAAAGGAUGACGACACGACCCGCUGUUCACAAAUAAAGACUGCCCUUAAAUACACGUUCGUGUUCAUGAUAGUGUGUACCUGUCUUCUUCUUGUUGGUGCAUUCGCACCACUGGAUAUUCCGACAGGCAAAAACAUCUCUGAGUUUGAUAAGAUCAAGGUUCUAUUUGAAGAACUCGGUAGCAGUUAUGGUUUGGAUGCCUUGUCAUUUUCCAUCAGCUCCUUGACCUUGAUAGGAAUGUUGGCAGCGAUCACCUACACAGCUUAUGGGAUGUCUGCCCUUCCUUUAAACUUGAUUAAAGGUACGAGAAAUGUACAUUAUGAACGUUUGGAAAACACUGAUGAUAUUGAAGAGGUGAAUCUGGAAAUUGAAAGACUUAGAUCAAAGUGCAGAGAUGGAAGACCACUGGCAAGUAGUGACAGAAAAAAACUUUAUAAACUUCAAGAAAAAAUUCGAACGUUGCAACGGAAAGAAAGACAUCUUGAAUCUCGUGAAAUGAGUUGCUGGACAAAAUGUUGCAGCGUCAUGCGACCGUUUAAGAUUAUUUGGGGCACAUUCCUCAUUCUUGUGGCCCUUUUGAUCGUGGUAUCGCUUUUUCUAUCUAAUCUUGACAAAGCUCUCCAUUCUGCUGGCAUCAAUACUGGAUUUGUUCUCUUUGGUACAAACAUAACAAACCCAUUGAAUAUUCUUCUUCCAGUUCUUCAGCGGGUUUUCCCUCUUGAUUAUAUCCUGAUUACAGUUAUCAUAAUGUAUUUUUUCUUUACAUCAAUGGCCGGCAUCAGAAAUAUGGGUAUAUGGUUCUUCUGGGUACGGUUGUACAAGAUUAGAAGGGAGCGGACGAGACCUCAAGCUCUUCUCUUUCUCUGCAUGAUUCUCUUGUUAAUCGUCCUUCACACUAGCUACAUGAUUUACAGCCUGGCCCCACAAUAUGUCAUGUAUGGAAGCCAAAAAUAUCUGGUGAAGGGUUAUAAUACAGGAAACUCGUCUAGCUCUGCAUCCAUAAACUGUGAUGCUAAUGCCCCUGAUGAUCAGUGUACAGUUACCCGAACAUACUUGUUUCUGCAUAAGUUUUGGUUUUUCAGCACCGUUUAUUAUUUUGGCAACUGGGUGUUCAUAGUUGUUUUUAUUAUUGGAUUCGUUGUCUCCUGCUUAAAAGGAAAGAAAUCUGUUAUUGAAGGAGAAGUAGAAGAUGACGAUUCUGAUCUAAGUGACAAUGAAGACCUGUCUCCUGUAUACACCUAAAGAGCUGUAUUUCCAUGAUCUGUUUAAAAGACUUUUUAUUGUAAGCUGAAAAUAUAAAAUUCAUAUCAAGAUGUAUUUUAAUUUAUGGCUGAAGAUUAACUGGCAUGUAAAAAGAAUGACUUGGACCGAAACAUGGACAUAAAGUGUUACUAAUUUACUUGUUUCAGGUACUUAAUAUAUACAUUUAAAACUGAACAUUUAUGUAACCCUAAAAUAUUCUGAACUAUGCACUAAAAGAAACUGAUGCCAAUAGAAACCCUGGCUUUGUACCUCAUACCUACUCUCUACAGAGUUUCAAUUAUAUCCAUUACU